AUGUCAACACACGCCGCACAACUGCUCGAGCAGCGACUGUUUACUGCCAUCAAGACACAAAUCAUCAGUCUUGCAACGCCUCUUUACGGCACAAGAUCAGAAGACGCAUCAAAGGUCUACGAUGUAGUCACCUACAGCAUGACCACCAAUGAUGGUGGCAGUAGCAACGAUAGCAGAAGCACCUUCAACACUGCCAGCACCAGCAGCAACAACGAUGGUGAAGAGAGAAUAGGGCCGACCUACGGCGUGGCUUUGAUUCUCUACACUGGCCCUUCAAGUUCGCCAUUCACAUCAUGGACACUCAUCAGCCAUGUGGAGGAUCAGCCCGACAUCAUCACUGGGGCGAAUUGCCUGUUGGAAGACUUGAGGAAGGGGAUGGGUGGAGUUAUUAGUAAGCGUGGCGCUGAAGGAGCCGGCGGCAGACUGGACGAUGCCAGCGAAGACCUGGAGCAGACCGGCCGGAGUCCAAGGUUGUCGACCAUCAUCGAGGAGGUGUAG